UCACAUGACAGAGACAGAAGUGAAUCUUCCCGAGCAAGAUCAACACAUCCACAAAAUCAGGCAGGCCCAGGCGUGCCCUCACUCCAGAGAAACCCAUCCAUUGCUAGUCGGGGAGGUGGACACAUCUUCAGUCCUGGACCCCGGGCACCUGCCUUCCGUAUCCCAGAGUUCCGUUGGUCAUUCCUACACCAGAAGCUUCUCUCGGACUUGUUGUUUGCUGUGGAGACAGACAUUCAGGUCUGGAAGAGUCACAGCACCAAGAAUGUCAUCGACUUUGUCAACGCCAGUGAGAACCAUAUCUAUGUUGUCAACGUCACACAUAUGAUCUCUCAACUAGCAGACAACCUGAUUACAUCUUGUGGGGGUUUGUUGCCCUUGCUGGCCGCCGCAACCUCACAGAAUGGAGAGAUUGAGAUCCUUGAGCCCAACCAAGGAUUGAGCAUUGAGCAGGCUGUGAUGAUCCUACAGAGGAUCAUGUACAUGACAGACAUCCUGGUGUUUGCCAGCUCCACCAACUUUGCAGAGCUGGAGAAUGAGAAGAAUAUGCCAUCUGGGGGCAUUCUGAGGCAGUGUCUGCGACUGGUAUGCACAGCAGCAGUAAGAAAUUGUCUGGAGUGUCGGCAUCGCUACCAGAAUCACGGCUCGUCACAACCCCCGUCACCGGCUACCAACAAAUCCAUUAAUGGCACCGAUCCCAUCCAGAGUCUGAUAGGUGGCUCCCACCCAUCGGCCAAGAAUAUAGUGGAGAAUCUGGCCGGGCAGACCAUGCCAAUUAAAGACCCCGAAAAGCUGUUGCAGGACAUGGACAUCAACAGGCUGCGUGCUGUCGUCUACAGAGAUGUGGAGGAGACCAAGCAGGCACAGUUCCUGGCUUUGGCCAUCGUCUACUUCUGUUCGGUUCUCAUGGUGUCCAAGUACCGAGACAUCCUGGAGCCACCUUCGCCGUCAGUGACUCCCACAGCCGCAGCCACGCCUGGCAGCAAGGAAGGCUCAGAUACAGACUCCACUCAUGUCAACAAGAUGGACGGAGGAGACUCUACUGUCAUAGAAGAGCCAAGGCAGGAGCAGGAGCUGGAGGAAACAAUCACGGAGGAGAAGAGUGAGGCUGAAACAGCUGUUGCUGCUGCUACUGUUGCUGAAGAUGCUGAUGUGAGGAUCGAGGCAUCAGAAGAUCACAGCACACAGAAUGGAGAAGUCAGGACUGCAGAAGCACAGAAGGAGGCCAACGAUCCAAGGCUUCCUAUGUUUUGUCAUGGCGUAAUACGCCAGGAAUUUAUGAUUGUACAUGUUCAGUGCCAGGUUGGCCUAAUGCUGUUUUCUGUUACAGACCAACAAGCCGGGGCAGACAGUGGACAGAAACCAAGUGCCUUAGAACUGAACAUCAGCCCACCCAUCCACAGCUUGACCCACCACACCUCAGCCGACUGCGGCAACCUCACCGAGCGGCUAGAGAGGGCCCUGGGCUCUGUGGCUCCGUUGCUGAGGGAAGUGUUUGUGGAUUUUGCUCCUUUCUUGUCCAAAACACUCAUCGGUUCUCACGGGCAGGAGUUGCUGAUCGGAGGCCUGGUGACCUUGAAACAGAGUACUUCAGUGGUUGAGUUGGUGAUGUUGCUAUGCUCACAGGAGUGGCAAAACUCCCUGCAGAAACAUGCCGGACUGGCUUUUAUUGAGUUGGUCAAUGAAGGGAGGCUGCUAGCCCACGCCACCCGUGAUCACAUUGUGCGUGUGGCCAGCGAGGCAGAGUUUAUUCUCAACAGAAUGAGGGCAGAGGACGUGCAGAAGCAUGCUGACUUUGAGUCCAUGUGUGCCCAUGCUGUCAUGGAGCGCCGAGAAGAGGAAAAGCUCUGUGACCAUCUCAUUAAGUCAGCCAAGAGACGUGACCAUGCCCUGGCCGUCAAGCAGAAAGAGAAGAUCCUCAACAUCCUUCUCAACAAACAUGGAGACGCCAUCAACGCAGCACGGGAAGCCUUCCACGCCCAUCUAGCCAGCCUGAAGAAAACUCAAAGAGAAACAACAGACUUUACAGACGAGGAGUUGGUCAUGGAGGAGAAGGAUGUGGAGCAAGAGUUCUCAGGUCCGGUUGCCCUGUCCACCCCGUGUCAGCUGAUAGCCCCUGGAGUGGUCGUCAAUGGAACCAUGUCUAUCACCAAGAGUGAACUCUACUUUGAGAUGGACGAGGAUGACCCACACAACAAGAAGACAGACCCAAAG